GCCGCUAGGCGGAACAGGGAGGAUCGAUGCCCGGUCCCAGCGUGGAGGAGGAAGCCGUCCGAGAAAGUCCGCAUCCCCACACAAGACGGGACGUAUUAGCCAAAGCAAAGGAGGAGAGUGAUUUCAGUUGUCUUCGAAAAGCUUCUUUACAUGGGGGAUAAGAAAUGACAUCUACCGCGAGCGAGAGGAGGGCGUUUGCUCAUAAAAUCAACCGGACGGUGGCUGCAGAAGUCAGAAAACAAGUUUCCAGAGACUAUGGCUCUCCUCAGCUGUCCAAGAAACGAGGCGCACACCAACCUUUGCCCCUGACGGAGGUGGUUGAGCCUGUGGACUUCGAAGAGUAUGUGAGCAGUCACGCUCCGGGGGUGGAGCCCGGCCCGCUCCGGCAGCUCAUGGAGUUCCCCCAGGACGACCUGGAGCUCCUCCCGCUGGACAAAGAGUGCAUUACACUGGAGCCCCCACUGCCUGAGGAGGAAGACUCUCUAGAUCCCAGAGUGAGAGAUGCCUUGGCAGUCUACACAGAUGACUGGCUCGUCAUUCAAAGGAAAUAUCAGCGCUACAGCACCACGUACAGCCCUCAGAGCUCUGAGCGGCAGAGGGAGAGGCAGCGAGGGCUGCACAAACAGACCUUUGAGCUGGACGAGGCUGCUGCGGAGCGCCAUGAUGACCAGGAUGAUGCAAAGCGGCGUUCAGUCAGCCUCGAUGAGACUCCUCGGGGAAGCUGGGCCUCCAGUAUUUUCGACUUGAAGAAUUCCUCCCCAGACGCGAUCCUGCCGUCUGUGCUGGAGCGAGCAGCCGCCGAGGACAUGGACCGCCGCAAUACUGAGGCCCGCCUGCAGGGGCGCCACAGCGACCUGCUGGGCCUCUACCCGCCCCCCGAUGAGGAUGAAGCAGUAGAGAGAUGCUCUGCCCCUGAAGUGCCUAAGGAACACUGUGGUCAGAGGAUCAUGGUUAAGUGCCUGUCUCUGAAGUUUGAAAUAGAAAUUGAGCCAAUAUUUGGAACACUUGCCUUGUAUGACGUCAAGGAAAAGAAAAAGAUCUCUGAGAAUUUCUACUUCGACCUGAACUCAGAUCAGAUGAAAGGAAUGCUUAAACCCCACACACCUCACGUAGCCAUUUCCACACUGGCCCGUUCUGCCAUUUUCUCCAUCACCUACCCUUCGGCCGAUAUCUUCUUGGUCAUUAAGCUUGAGAAAGUCCUUCAACAAGGAGACAUUGGAGAAUGCUGUGAACCCUACAUGGUUAUGAAAGAGUCUGAUUCCUCCAAGCACAAGGAGAAGCUGGAGAAGCUGCGUCUGCAGGCAGAGCAGUCAUGUAGUCGUCUCGGCCGUUUCCGCAUGCCUUUCGCCUGGACGGCCAUUCACCUGCUCAACAUCGUCAGCAGUGUGGGGGGUCUGGAUCGCUCGGACCCUGACUCCGACUCUGAGCGAAAGGGCCACGGAACAUGGAAUGACAGAAAGAAAAAGGGGUGCGAGCGGAUGAGUGUUGGGGACGACAUGUGUAACUUUGCCACUUUCCGUCCAGCAACAUUGACCGUCACCAACUUCUUCAAACAGGAGGGGGACAGACUGAGUGAUGAAGACCUCUACAAGUACCUGGCAGAUAUGCGCAGACCAUCAUCUGUUCUGAGACGACUGAGGCCUGUCACAGCCCAGUUGAAGAUCGACAUCUCCCCCGCUCCGGACUCGCCUCACUACUGUCUGUCCCCGGAGCUGCUGCACGUGAAGCCGUACCCCGACCUGCGUGUGCGCCCGACCAAAGACGUGCUGGAGUUCCCUGCUCGCUACGUAUACACCCCUCACACAACCUACAGGAAUCUCCUCUAUGUUUACCCACAAAGUCUGAACUUCAGCAGUCGCCAGGGGUCCGUGAGAAACAUCGCUGUAAAGGUUCAGUUCAUGGCCGCAGAGGACCCAAGUCAAGCUCUGCCGGUCAUCUUUGGGAAGUCCAGUAGUUCUGAGUUCAUGCAGGAUGCGUACACUCCCAUCAUCUACCAUAACAAAUCUCCUGAGUUCUAUGAGGAGAUAAAGAUGAAGAUUCCUGCCAAUUUAACAGACAACCACCAUCUCCUGUUCACCUUCUACCACAUCAGCUGCCAAACCAAGCUGAACACCCCCCUGGAGACCCCUGUGGGCUACACUUGGAUUCCUCUGAUGCAGCAUGGCCGACUGCGCACCGGCUCCUUCAGUCUGCCUGUGUCUGUGGAGAAGCCCCCGCCCAGCUACUCUGUGCUCACCCCUGACGAUGUGGAGCUUGUGGAGAGGUUGAAUAGCAGUCUGGCUUUUUUCCUGAAUGACCUGCUGUCUCUCAUGGACCGGGGCUUUGUGUUCAACCUCAUCCGCUCCUACUACAAACAGAUUGCCAACAAGCUUUCACACGGCGCAGAACCCCAGCUCUCUGAUUGCCCUGAGGUGGACUUCACUCUCGUGUGCAGCCACGAGCACUACGUCAUCCUCAACCUGCCGUGCUCCACUCUCAGCCCCCCCUCCCCCUCCCCCUCCACCUCCUCCACCACCUCACAGAGUUCAGCGUUUUCCAGUAUGGUGCAGGACCAGGGUGUAGCCACCAUGUUUGAGCUCUCCGUCCCUUUCCGUCAGCAGCACUUCCUGUCUGGCCUGAUGCUUACUGAACUCUCCCUCAUCCUUGAUCCUGAAGGAGAAGGGGUGUUUUUCCUUCAUAAAAAGGCCAUUAGUGCUGUUCACUCCCUGCUGUGCAGCCAUGAUGCAGACCCCCGUUACACCGACCCUCAGGUCAGAGCCCACAUCGCUCAGCUCUACCUGCCACUCGUCCCCAUCGUCAUGGAGACCUUCCAUCAGCUCCACGACUUCUCUGACUCCUCGCCUGCUCGGGGGCGCCAUAGCACAGCCCACGCCGACGAUACUGACCCAGACAGCGGCAGCACUAUCAGUCAGUCUGUUGCCAUGGCGAUUGCCGGCUCCCCUUUGCCGCAUGUCAAAGCCAACCCGUUUGCGCUGCCCACAGCGGCUGGGCGCCAGUCCAGCUCUCUGUCUGCCGAAUGCAGCAGGACUCUGCUGGUGAGCUUCCUGUGGGUGCUGAAGAAUGCAGAUGCUGUUCUCCUGGAGCGCUGGGUGUCUGAUCUGUCUGUGCUGCAAAUCAACCGCCUGCUGGACCUGCUGCAUCUCUGUGUCUCCUGCUUUGAAUACAAGGGGAAAAAGGCUCUGGAGAGAAUCAACAGCCUGACGUUUAAAAAGUCCCAGGACAUGAAGGCCCGACUGGAGGAGGCCAUUCUGGGCACCAUCGGGGCUCGUCAGGAGAUGGUCCGCCGCUGCAGAGAAAGGAGUCCCUACGGCAGUCAGGAGAACGUUCGGUGGCGGAAGAAUGUCACGCACUGGAGACAAAAUACAGACAGAGUCGAUAAGACUAAAGCUGAGAUGGAGCAGGAGUCAGUGGUGGAUGGAAACUUAGCAACAGAGGCCUCUCUGGUAGUACUGGACACUCUGGAGAUUGUUGUCAAGACUGUGGUGGCCUCGGAGCUGAAGGAGAGUGUUCUGGGUGGAGUGCUGAGAGUGCUCCUCCACAGCAUGGCAGGCAACCAGAGCGCCCUCUUCCUGCAGCACUGCUUCACUACACAGAGGGCUCUGGUCUUCAAGUUCCCAGAGAUGCUGUUUGAGGAGGACACGGAGCUCUGUGCCGACCUGUGCCUGCGUCUCCUCCGUCACUGCGGCAGCAGCGUCGGCUCGGUCCGAAGUCACGCCUCCGCCUCUCUGUACCUGCUCAUGAGGCAGAACUUUGAGAUUGGAAAUAACUUCGCUAGAGUGAAGAUGCAAGUCACAAUGUCCCUGUCGUCUCUGGUGGGAACGUCGCAAAACUUCAACGAGGAUCAUCUUCGCCAUUCGCUCAAGACGAUCCUGACGUAUGCUGAGGAGGACCUGGAGCUGCGAGACACGCCUUUCCCAGAGCAGGUCCAGGAUCUGGUGUUCAACCUACACAUGAUUCUUACUGACACUGUAAAAAUGAAAGAGCAUCAGCAGGAUCCAGAGAUGCUCAUUGACCUGAUGUACAGGAUCGCAAAGGGCUACCAGAACUCCCCUGACCUGCGCCUGACGUGGCUCCAGAACAUGGCGGGGAAACACUCUGAGAGAGGGAACCACGCUGAGGCGGCCCACUGUCUGGUCCACAGCGCAGCGCUGGUGGCAGAAUACCUCAACAUGCUGGAGGACUGCCGCUACCUGCCCAUCGGAUGUGUCACCUUUCAGAAUAUUUCCUCCAAUGUAUUGGAAGAGUCAGCUGUGUCCGAUGACGUCCUGUCUCCGGAGGAGGAGGGGAUUUGUGCUGGCAAGUACUUCAGUGAGUCCGGCCUGGUGGGCCUCCUGGAGCAAGCAGCUGCCUCUUUCAACAUGGCCGCCAUGUACGAGGCCAUAAAUGAAGUAUACAAGAUUCUGCUGCCCAUCCAUGAAGCCAACAGGGACUUCAAAAAGCUGGCGACUGUCCACGGGAAGCUGCAGGAUGCCUUCAACAAAGUCUACAACCAAAGUUCGGGAUGGGAGAGAAUGUUUGGGACCUACUUCCGGGUGGGUUUCUAUGGCUGCCGGUUUGGAGACCUGGAUGAACAGGAGUUUGUCUACAAGGAGCCAUCCAUCACCAAGUUAGCCGAGAUCUCCCACAGACUCGAGGAGUUCUACGCAGAGAGGUACGGGGAUGACGUAGUUGAAAUUAUCAAGGACUCCAACCCAGUGGACAAAAACAAACUGGAUCCCAACAAGGCCUACCUCCAGAUCACCUAUGUCGAGCCCUUCUUCGACACAUACGAGCUAAAGGAAAGAAUCACGUACUUUGACAAGAACUACAACCUGCGUACUUUCAUGUACUGUACUCCCUUCACUCUGGACGGCCGGGCCCACGGAGACCUGAACGAGCAGUACAAACGCAAAAGCAUCCUCACAACGUCUCACGCGUUCCCUUACAUCAAGACACGCAUCAACGUUAUCCACAAGGAGGAGAUCAUUCUUGUCCCCAUGGAGGUGGCCAUUGAGGACAUGCAGAAGAAGACUCAGGAGCUCGCCUUCGCUACAAACCAGGACCCUGCGGACGCCAAGAUGCUGCAGAUGGUGCUGCAGGGCUCUGUGGGCACCACCGUCAACCAGGGCCCCCUGGAGGUGGCGCAGGUCUUUCUCUCCGACAUUCCUGAUGACCCAAAGCUGUUCCGUCAUCACAACAAGCUGCGCCUCUGCUUUAAAGACUUCACAAAGAGGUGUGAGGAUGCCCUGAGGAAGAAUAAAUCGCUGAUUGGGUCGGAUCAGAAGGAGUACCACAGAGAGAUGGAGAGGAAUUACAAUAAACUGAAAGAAGCUCUGGGUCCUCUCAUCAACCGCAAGAUCCCCCAGCUAUACAGGAGCCUGCCAGCUCAGACUACGCAAGCACAACGGAACUCCUACAGUAGGUCCAGUCUCCGCAGAGUGGACUGUUGAGGCCCGCCAACUGGACAACAACAGAAAGAAAAAAAAAGAUUUAUAAAUUAGCCUCCUCUCGUCCCGUCUGUUCCCCCUCCCCCCACUGUAUGGCUCACCAACUGUCACAAGCACACGCGCCGUCCUCUCCCUCGUCCAGCUCGUUAUUUUAAGGCCCACCCAGACACGCCAUAAUCCCCCCCCCCCCCCCCCCCAACCUCCCCAGCACUGCCACCACACACACACUUGUCUCCUCUCUCCCUGCUAAGCCAUCUCCCCCGUCACCGGCACUCUCACACCUCUGUAGGAGAAAACCUCGGAUGUUUAUUCUGGAAGGGUAUCUGCACUGUAAACAUGGACAUGUGGAGCGAGGCUCCGACAUGUCAGUGUUUUUAAACCAAGCUUUCAGAAGAAGUCUCCUUACAGUAAUCUCUCUGAGCUUGAUCUGCUUUAAACUUCAGUUUUUACAGGACAUGAGCUGCUAAACACAUUUUGCAUCCAAAUCGUUUGGGGGUUUGCGCAUGUUUUCCUUUUGCUUCUUGUGUUUGCUUUCGAAGACACUAUGCUUCGUCUGUCUUGUGUCUUGGCCUUAUUUCAUUAAGAAGAGAUUUUUUCUAAACUAUGCCUGGUUGAAGUCACUGCCAGACUUUGGUUAUUAAAUAGUCCCAGGGAGUUUUCUUUUGUUAUCAACAGACCAAAUAACUGACAUUCCUCAAGAUGUCACAUUUAUCUGCCUAUCGCUCGUUAUAAGAAUUCAUUAAAGAGCAGAGCCGGGCUCCUUCGCUGCCAGCUCAGGUCUCAGUCCCAGCCUGAACUGUCCUAGCAAUUUUAGGAGGGAAGGGAUAUUUAAAUGUUUUUAAAACUGUGAAAUUCUCUUGUAAUGCACUGCAGUCACAUCAGAUGUUUAUCACAGAAGCAGGCCAUCUCCUUCGCCCACACAUGUCUAAACUGUGACAUGUUAUUAUCACACUACAGUACAGACUGAUAACUGAAUACAUUUUGUAUUUAAUGCUGUCCAAAGGAACUUCAAAUGUCUUGUAUGUGUCCAACACCCCGGUUGUGGCACAUUUAUAUUCAUUGUAGCUAUUUCCAACUACUGUAUCUAUUAUAUUGCACUAUUGUAAACAAACUGCAGCACAUUAACACUGUAACUACUAAAAUGUCCGUGCUUUUGUUAUUUUACAAGGCUGGAAACUGUUUUUUUUACCAAUUAGAUCAACUUUUUUUAUUUAUUUACAAUGUCUUUUUUCUACUGCUUUCUAUUAAAUGUUUCUUCCAAUGC